AUGUUCAACCCGACACGCGCGAAGGUGCAGCUGAAGCUGUCCGUGAACCGGCUACAAAUGCUCCAGAAUAAGAAGAAUAUGCUGGCCCAGCAACAGCGCAAGGAGAUUGCGCGACUUCUCGAGGCUGGCAAGGAAGAGAGCGCGCGUAUCAGGGUGGAGCAUGUUAUUCGCGAGGAUUUCAGUAUUGAGGCGUUGGAGAUUAUCGAACUCUACUGCGAAUUGUUGUUGGCGCGGUUCGGUCUUCUGGAGCAGCUCAAGAAUUGUGACCCGGCGAUCACGGAGGCGGUGAAUACGAUCAUCUAUGCGGCGCCUCGUUCAGAAGUCAAAGAGUUACUACUUGUGAGGGAUCAAUUGACAGCCAAAUUUGGACGCGAUUUUGCCACGAAUGCCAUGGAAAACAAGGACGAGUCUGUGAAUCCCAGGAUUAUUCAAAAGCUCAAGGUGCAGACGCCGGAUCCAUAUCUUGUCAACCGAUACCUGGAAGAGAUUGCAAGGGCGUUCAAGGUUUCCUGGACAGCGGACCCCGAGAUGGAUCACCAGCUCAUUGGGGUACGUUAUUACGCAUGGACAUGGUGGAACGGUGUCGAUGUAUCUCAACAUGGUUCGCUAACUCAUUCUGUUUAUUUGUUGCCUCUUUCAUUAGAGCAUGGAUGGCGAAUUCAUUGA